CAAGCAUGCAUUUGCACGUGUGUGAAUAUAUACAGAAUACGGUAAAGAAGUUCGAUAAUAUUGAUGGUGUAGUAGGUUUUUCUAAUUGCAUGACAAUUUAUAAUUUGAUAUGAAAGAAAUAUAAUUUGCUAAUAUUAAAAGAUACAAAUUAGAAUUAAGAUUUAUGACACAUGAUUAACUUUGCUUUUGGCAAAGAAAUUUUAAAAAAGUAUUAAUCAUAAGAAUAAAUUAUACUGGUCAUUAAAUAAAUUAUAUUGGUUGAUAUUAAGAAUGGUUAAAUACUACGAAAGUAGUACAAUUUUUCAAUUUAAUUGGAAUCAAGUUGCAUAUGGAUUUUGGCAGAGAUAUCCAAAUCCUAAUAGUUCUCAUGUACUUACGGAAGACACCAUAUCAAGAAAAGUUAAAAAUGGUAUAUUAUAUACCACACGUCUUUUGACAAAAACUAACAGAGUGCCUAAAUGGGGAGAGAGAUUUGUCAGUAAAAAUAUAGUAAAAAUUAUUGAAGAGAGUAUAGUGGAUCCAAAGACAAAGACUUUAACAACAUAUACAAGAAAUUUAGGUUACACUAAAGUCAUGAGCAUUGUAGAGAAAGUUGUUUAUAAAGUAUGCGAAGAAAAUUCUAAUUGGACAGUAGCAAAACGAUCAGCUUGGAUUGACAGUCAAGUAUUUGGAUUCAGUAGAGCUAUUCAAGCAUUUGGAUUGGAUAGAUUUAAAAAGAAUUGUACUCUGAUGUAUAAUGGGUUUAAUUACGUUCUAGCACAUUUGUUUCCUCACACGGCCCAACAUAUGAAUCCAUCGCUUUCUCAAAUGGGUUUUGCUCAUCUAGUUGAUGAAUUUCCUGGAAAGACAAGUCUUGCAGAAGAUUUCCAACAUUCAUUACAAGGUAAAGCAGAAAAAGUAAAGGAUGCUGCGAAAAAGGCUACUGAUUUAGCAAAGAAAAAGACUGGCACUAUUUAUGCUACAUAACAUUCUGAGCAAUCAUAAUUAAAACAACAUCGUCAGUGUGAACGAUUUAAAACAUUUGGCGAAAAAA